AUGGCGGCGAUCAAAAGCAGAGGAAUUCAUAUCUGUUACUUCAGUGACGAAAAUGAAAUUGUCAAAGUCCACGCUGGCGGCGAGGAAGACAUCGACGAUGUUGUCAAAGCUGCACGAGCAGCGCUCAAGGGUCCUUGGUCGCAUCUGUCUGGAACCGAGCGAGGCGAAAUGAUGCGCAAGCUCGCUGAUCUUGUUGAUGCUGCCACAAACGAACUUGCUACUAUUGACACCUGGAAUAACGGCAAAAGGUUUUCGUCUGCACAAGGAGACGUUGGUGAGCUGACAGGGGUGCUGCGAUAUUAUGCUGGCUUCGCUAAUAAACAGUACGGACAAGUAAUAAGUACAACUGAGAAGAAGUUUGCCUAUACCACUGUUGGUCCGAUAGGCGUUUGCGGGCAGAUCAUUCCUUGGAACUAUCCUUUGGGAAUGGCUGGCUGGAAGAUCUCUCCAGCCCUUGCCGCCGGGAACUGCGUGGUAAUUAAGCCAGCAGAGCAGACACCUCUGUCCAUCCUAUUCUUUGCAGACAUCAUUAAGAAAGCAGGAUUUCCGCCUGGCGUGAUCAACAUCGUCAACGCCACUGGACGCGAGGUAGCAAGACUUGCAGCGAGCAAUCUUAAGGAGAUCACUAUUGAGUCGGGAGGAAAGUCUCCACUGCUCGUUUUCGAGGAUGCAGAUUUGGACCAAGCUGUUAAAUGGAGUCACUAUGGUAUCAUGGCCAAGGCCAGAUCUGUGUACCCGCAAUUCAUCGAGCUGUUCAAGGAGAGAGUCAAAUCCUGCAAGAUUGGCAACCCCUUUGACAAUGAUACCUUCCAGGGACCGCAGGUCUCAAAGGCACAAUACGAAAGAGUGCUAUCGUUCAUCGAGAGCGGGAAAGCUGAAGGGGCUACUGUUGCUCUUGGCGGCCAGCGAACUACAGUCAAUGGCAAGGGCUUCUACAUCGAGCCCACUAUCUUCAUCGAUGCUUCGGAUGAUAUGCAGAUCUACCGCGAGGAGAUCUUCGGUCCUGUAGCUGUCAUCAGCCCAUUCCAAACGGAAGAUGAUGCGAUGCGUCGGGCUAACGACACGAUUUAUGGCCUUGGUGCGGCCAUCUUCACGCAAGACAUCACUAGAGCACAUAUUAUCGCGAAUAAGAUUGAGGCGGGAAUGGUGUGGAUCAAUAGCAGCAAUGACUCUGAUUUCCGUAUACCCUUUGGAGGAGUCAAGCAGUCUGGUAUCGGUCGUGAGUUAGGAGAGGAAGGAAUCCGUGCAUACACGAGCAGGCGGUCAGUUCACGUGAAUGUAGGAAACGUGUUAUAG